AUGGGCGCAUUCCCGCGCCCGCAGCAAGGCGGAAACGUUCUCAAGCUGGUGGUGAGCGGUCCUGUAGCCUCGCCUCUCGGCGCCACCAUUCUCUCUACGCUCUCCUCUGCUCGCGGGCUGCAACUAGCUGCUGUGGUGGACGGCAAUCCCGAGGCCAACGGGCGGGACGCAGGGGAGGUGGCGGGUCUACCUGAGCCUCUCGAGCUGCCAGUGGUGGCUGACGUCAUCAUGGUCCUGGCCUCCGUUGCUCAGGUGCUCUUUGUGCUGCUCAGGUGCUCUUUGUGUUGCUCAGGCGUAUACGUGGAUUUCUCUGGGGAUGCGUCUGCUGCAUGCGAGAACGUGCGACAGGCAACAGCAUUCGGUCUCAGCAGUGUGGUGGUGGGGGCGCACAUACCAGAGGAUGAGCUCAGUGGUCUCUAUGAGUUUUGCGACAAAGCAUCGAUGGGAUGCAUCGUCGCCCCCACCCUCAGCAUCCUCUCCAUCCUCUUGGAACGAGCUGCCACGCAGUUCGCCUUCCAUUGCUCGCAUGCACACAUCAUUGAGUCGCGAGCAGAGCUGACGCAGGCACCAUCAGAGGACGCUGUUCGCCUGGCCCAGCAGCUGGCUCAAGUGGGUCGCACCUUCAAUGGCAAUGACUCAUCCGAGGACCCGGCUCGGGGCUUGCUUAUGGAGGAGGGGGUGAGGGUGCACAGCAUGCAGCAGCCAGGCCUGCUGCAGAGCACAGACGUGCGGUUUGGGAGCAACGGGCAGACAGCAUCUCUCCGGUUGGACAUCACAUCACAUGCAGCAUACAUGCCGGGUCUACUGCUCGCCAUCAGACGAGCUCCCAGGUUGAAGGGUCUUGUGUUUGGUCUGGAAAAGCUCUUGUGA